GCGGCCAAAUGAAUCACGGAGCGCUGGAGCUCGAGAGGAUUCCCUGCCGCUGCCGCAAUUUCGCGUGUGCUCCCCGGCAGGGGAUGCGUGGGGGGUUCUGACUCCGGGGUUUCCCGGCUAUGGAAAAGUGCUCGCCAUUUACCCAGAAAAGGGGAAGAAAAUCAGUUCGGCGCUUGGUUUCUGUUGCAGUGACGCACAUACAGUCUUGACCAGCGGUUUUCUAGCCCGGCGAAACGGCUUUCUGCAACUACAGCCCUCAUUCCGGCAGGAACAUCCAGUUACCAUGCAACAUACAGCUCAGGUGUGGUUUGGAGAUGAUUUACCUAUCAAUCCACGAAGUCCACUGACUCCAAGGCAUGGCCCUGGCCUGGCUGAUGUUUUACUAUAUGACCAAUGGAUAUCUGUCCGACAUGAGGCAACUCUGAUUCCUAUGCAGGAGGAUCUGGCUAUCUGGCUAUCUGGCUUGUUGGGUAUUGAACUUAAAGCAGAGCAUUUAUUGGAAGAACUUGAUAAUGGGGUACUCCUGUGCAUUUUGAUUGGAGUUAUUCAAAACAUAGUUAAAAGCUCUUGUAACUCAAAUGAUUUAAAAAAUUUCCCUCUGAGAAAAGUCCCCUGUAAAAAAGAUGCUCCUUCAGGAUCUUUCUUUGCCAGAGAUAAUACAGCGAACUUUCUGAAUUGGUGUAGAUGCAUUGGAGUGGAUGAGACUUAUCUUUUUGAAUCUGAAGGCUUAGUGCUGCAUAAAGACCGAAGACAAGUGUACCUUUGCUUGCUGGAAAUUGGUCGCAUUGUAUCGAGACAUGGAGUUGAACCACCAGUAUUAGUAAAGCUAGAGAAAGAAAUUGAAUUGGAAGAAACUUUGUUGAUGUCUUCUGAUAGUGUAACCCCGAUAGUUUCCUACAAAUCAUGUUGCCAGCAUGGAGAAUUACAUGAAGCAGUUAAGCAUAUUGCUGAAGAUCCUCCUUGUAGCUGCUCUCAUAGAUUUUCAAUUGAGUAUUUGUCUGAAGGGCGCUAUAGAUUGGGAGACAAAAUACUGUUCAUUCGAAUGUUACAUGGCAAACAUGUAAUGGUACGUGUUGGUGGAGGCUGGGAUACUCUUCAAGGUUUUCUUCUCAAGUAUGAUCCUUGCCGAAUGCUUCAGUUUGCAACGUUGGAACAAAAGAUUUUGUCAUUUCAAAAAGGUGCCUCUGGUGAUACAGUUUCUGAUUCAUCUGCUAGACCUCCACAGCCUCCACUCAUGAAUCCCAUAUCUGCCAUUGAUGCCUAUCAUAAACAGAGUUCAAAGGUCUCUACUGUGGCUUCAGUUUCAAAAAAUCCUCGUGUAGGUAAUAGGAAACAGGCAGGAUGUAAGUUUUCCCAACCAACAGUUCUUUCUUCUUCAGAAGCAGUAAAGCAUUCCUCACGUACAGACCACCCCAAAUUAAAAGAUUCUUUAGUAAAUAACAUUCAGUCAUUUUCCAAAUCAUCAAAACCAGUUUCAAAAAAGCCAGCUCCACCUUCUCAUAACCUUACAUCUGUUUCAAAAUACAGACAAACUAUAAAUAAGUGCUCAUCAUCAGCUCAGGGGAGAACUGCUACAACACCAUCAGCAUCUCUUCAGAAAUGUACUGUAUCAUCUAUCAAGCCUGCAUGUUCCCAAAAUUCUCCAACCGUACAACAUCCUGCUCUAGGUUGUUCAACCAAUAAACUUUCAAAGUUGGCUACAAGGAUAGGCUCUCUAGAACAUCAUUCUCCUAAUAGUGCAGCUGGGCUCAGAACUGUAGACAAAUGUAUGCCUCUUUCAAAAACCUCAGCAAAAUCUGUAAAAAUAAUUAACAGAAACUUAAAUGUGUCUAAGCCGUCUUGUCCUCAAACAUCUUCUGCAAUGCCUACAAAAAUAAUUUCCCAAAAUAACAGUCAAACAUUACCCACACAGUUUUAUUCACACAGAGGGAAACUGGAAAGUAAGCAGACCAAACAGAAAACUGGUCUUGGCCCCAAACAGCUGAGUUCUAAUUCCUCUCUUACAAAUGAUAAAGCAGCUGAGCAGACAUCUACAGUAGAUGUAAAGAGUAAAAAUUCAUUUUCACCUGUUAAUAAUUCUUCAGCCAAGAAGAGACCAGUUCAAAAUAGCAGGAUGAAAACACAGGUAACAGCUGAUGUAACAACACAUUCUGAUCGUAUGCCAUUAUCUAUUGUGCGUCUUCCUCAAACAUCAACCCUAAAUGGGACAAAGAAAAAGACAUUAAAGGCUAACAUCAAAAGUCAGGCACAGGUCAAAGUCUCCCAAAAGAAUGAUAAAGACGUUGAUUCAACCAUUAAGGAUUCUGUUUUAAAAGGAAAAGCUGCAACUGUUCUAACUAAAGGAACACAGAUUAGGUUAAAGGAUUCCACAGUAAAGUCAAAACAGGAUGAUAAUUACUUUGUUGUGACUGGGAAUAAGAAACUCAGAAAGUAAAGUACUCAGAAUUUCAAUUGAUUAUUGCAAUAUAUUUUUCUAAUAGCUACCUUAUACUAGUGACUUUAACAAAAUAACAAUACAAUAAUUUGAAUGCUAACUGCCUUGGAACAGGAGAGUUUAAAAGGUUUCCUAGUCCUCACAAGUGCAAUAACUGACUGGAUUACAAAAAGGCACUUUAUCACAAUCUGAAUUAUAAUUAUUUUGGGAUCUAUUUCUCACAUUGAUGUUAAGAUGAUAAGAAUACUCCCAAUAGGUCAUUUAUUGCUCAGGUUCAUGUGGCAAAUAUUUCUUUAUGAAUUGUAAGGUGCUGUUUAGCAUCUCCACAGAAAAAUACAGCACAGUAAAUUGGCUGUAUUAUUAGUUAUAUCUGCCAAAAAAAUUGAUAUUCUCUGAUAAGAGUCAUUUGUUGACUCUGUCAUGAAUAUUUGUUUCUGAUAAGGGCUUUAGUCAAACAUGAGCAUGAGAAUUGGUAUUUACUACUAUUGUAUGUGCAUACUACUAAUUAGAAAAGCAACUGUCAAAUAGUCUUGAGUUAAGAAUAACUCCCAAUAAAUAUCUACAUUGCUAAAUUUUAUUUAAACUUUCAGUCAAAGAAAACACUAAGAAUAUUUUACAAGAGUGCUUGGCUGUAGAGGCAAUAAUUUUAGUGCCUUCACAGAUUAUGUUCUUUGUUAGCUGUAUCGCAGGAAAGUCUGGAAAGUGGCUCAAAUGUGUAUUCUAAUUAUUUUGAUUGUGUUCAAGGCUACUGUUACCAGCUGGACUUUAUACGAACAAAAUUAUGCAUUCAAAUUAUAAUUUAAUGAUGAUACUGGCACUGUAACUUUUUCAUGUUUGCUUUUCAGAAUGACUGAAAUUUAUGCUAACACAAUGCUUCACUCUUAAAAUGUGACAGACAAUCUCUAUAGAAGGACAGCACCCAGUAGAUGCCUAGGAAAUUACUUGUGUCUACAAAGUGAGAGUAUAGCUUCAGAAAAUAGGUUAUAUUCCUAAGCACAACUGAAAACCUUUCAAAUAAGCUGCCUUUGAUAUUUUUAUAUUUGUUUUACAUUAUUUCAUUUUUAGCUGUAGAAUAUAUUUCUUACUGCAUUAAUCAUUUUGCUUACAACAUACAUAACUAACAUUGAAGGGAAAGUACUUUUUUGGUAUUUGUAUACUGCUGUUAAGCACAGUUGUACUUGUCAUAGGGUUUGAAGCAAGUUUUAAGACAAAUUUGUGUUCCCCCUCCCCUAGGAAGUAAGAAAAACUUCUCAAACAUUAAUUAUAUAAUUUCACUAUUGGUUAAAAUGCUAGUCGACUCGGUGCCAGUAGUUGAAAUUCAAGUUAGAAUUAAUUAUGGUUGUAUGGAAAUAUGUUUUCCUCCCUGUGCCCCCACAAAAAAUAAUGGAUUUGGCCAGAGUUCAAAUAAUUAGUCAAACACCCUGACUCUGCUCUAGCUGCAUUUUCAAAAUACAAGUAGUCCUCGACUUAUGACCACAAUUGAGCCCAAAACUUCUGUUGCUAAGUGAGAGAUUUGCGAAGUGAGUUUUGCCCCAUUUUAUGACUUUUCUUGCAACAUUUGUUAAGUGA